UUCAGAUCAACAGUGAUUCGGAUCAACAGUGAUUCGGAUCAACAGUGAUUCACACUGAGUCGGAUCCACCUGUUAGAAAGUGUUUUUCUUGUCUCUUGGUGGAACUCUCCCGCUGACGUUGCGUCUUUACGCACGGAUCGUCCCUCUUGUCGCCCCGCAGCGGAUCGUGGAUCUGUUCCUCCAGCUCCACCGGCCAUGGACGACGAGUUCCUGUCCAACUUCCCCGCGGCGCUGCCCGGAGACCCCGAGGCUCUGAGCCCCAACUCCACCGAGGAGCCCGGCUGGUGGUCCGGCUCCGGGGACGACGAGGACACGGUGCACUUCGCCGUGCGCUGCGUCAUGACCUCGGUGUAUAUCCUGAUCAUCACCGUGGGUCUGGUGGGCAACAUCACCCUGGUGAAGAUCUUCAUCACCAACAGCGCCAUGCGCAGCGUGCCCAACAUCUUCAUCUCCAGCCUGGCGGCCGGGGACCUGCUGCUGCUCGUCACCUGCGUGCCCGUGGACGCGUUCCGCUACUUGUCCGAGGAGUGGGUGUUCGGCGAGGCGGCGUGUAAACUCAUCCCCGUCAUCCAGCUCACCUCGGUCGGCGUGUCCGUGUUCACGCUGACGGCGCUCAGUGCAGACAGGUAUAAGGCGAUAGUGAACCCGAUGGACAUCCAGAAGUCCAGUGCCGUCUUCUGGACGUGUCUGAAAGCUGUUUCUAUCUGGCUGCUGUCUGUCCUUCUCGCCGUCCCGGAGGCCAUUUUCUCACAGGUCGUCACCAUGCAGGGUCACCGGGAUCACACCAACAUCACCUUUGUGAACUGCGUUCCGUACCCGCUGUCCAAUCAGCUGCAUCCGAAGAUCCACUCAGUGAUGAUCUUCUUGGUUUACUUCCUGGUCCCUCUCACCAUCAUCUCUGUGUAUUACUACCACAUCGCCCGCACGCUCGUCAAGAGCGCCCACGACAUGCCGGGGGAGGUCAGCGAACACACCAAGAGACAGAUGGAGACGAGGAAGCGUCUGGCCAAGAUCGUGCUGGUGUUCGUGGGUCUGUUCGCUCUGUGCUGGUUCCCCAACCACGUGCUCUACAUGUACCGCUCCUUCAACUACAACCAGAUGGACCUGUCGCUCGUCCACCUCGUCAUCACCCUGCUGGCUCGGGUCCUCAGCUUCUCCUCGUCCUGCGUCAACCCGUUCGCCCUCUACCUGCUCAGCGAGAGCUUCCGCAGGCACUUCAACAGUCAGCUGCGAUGUGGUCGCGCUCAACGCCCCGAGCGCCAGGCCAGCUACCUGCAUAGCACCUCCCACAUCCGCCUCACGUCCAUCAAGAAGAACACGCCCCCUGCCCCAGCAGCCAAUGGCAAUAGACAAGAAGUGGCUCUGUGAGGAGCGCGGCUGAGUCAGUGAUUUACAGACGGCCCCUCAUCUCCCGAGGUCCGUGAACACACUCCUGACUCCUGCAGCCGCGACACCAGGGAAAUCAUUUGAUGCAGUGUGUAUUCUGAUUGGUAGAGAAGCUCCACACGCCUCGUAGCAGGUGAACGAUUGUACCAGCUGCUCUCGACACGUUGGACUUCAUCAUCUACAUCUUCAACUUGGCAAACAAACUAAAAGUGCCUCAUGGAAAUACAGGGUCAGAGAUCGAGGGAAACACAAAACCACGAAAGAGAAAUAAAACGCUUCAGUUUCCGACAGCACGGCUCUACAGAUUUACUGCAGCAUGUUUUAUAAAUGUAGAUACCUUACUUGAUAUGUUGGGUGAAGUAAUGCUGCAGGGAAGCUUCAACAAACCACAGGUCCCGGCUGAGAGUCGGGAGCUUCAGCUCCUCAUCGGCAUGUCGGCUCUGAAGACCUGGCUCUUUGUGCUCAGCUGCUGGAAUCAGACAUUUUCAUUUAUUUGGUGAUUCUAUAUUGAUCCACUGAGACAGAGGGUUUGAAUUAGUCUUUUUGUCUGCAGCCUGAUGAUAAGGAGGAUCAGAUACAGAGCAGCGUGAGUUCGAUGAACGCUCAGGACCAUGAGGAUUGAACUCUUUGGCUCGAUGGUCUCGCUCUCACUCUCUGAACUCCUGCUAGAGUAACUGAAUACAUUUACUCCAACACGACCCAAAGCCUUGUAAGCCAACAUGUGUCAGUGGAUGGAGGGCGACCUCUUUGGUUUGUGGCUCAGUUACAUGUUGAAUCCACCAGGUCCCUUCGCUUGAGAGCUAACGGCACGAAACCAGUUCCCUCCCAAGCCACGGGCAAACCUUUCAUUGAACCUCCGCAGCUUUGUGCCGUAAGCACUGAUUUGCAAGUUCUAAACUGCUCCUCCUUCUGCACAAGUCUGCCCUCACAGUCCACAAGUGUUUGUUACGAUCAUUGUCAUUGUGUUGAGUCGUGCCAGUAUUUUCAGCACCAGUGUCACCAGUUGUGUUGAUGUUCAUUCACUCAGGAUUGUAUCUUUCCUUGUUACUGACGAUGUUAUUGCGUUGGUGUAAGACUGUAACAUGUUUGUAGCACAACUGUAACUAAAGCCAUGACAGAGUUCCUUCUCUCUGGGUCGAGAGCGCGUCACUCAGUGUGUUGACAGGUUUGUGUGACGGGCAGCCAUCGACAUGAUUGUCACCGGGAGGAAGGAGUUGAGGCCAAAGUCGUUAUGAAGCGAUCUAUAUUCUGAAUCGUAUGUGGUGAAUGUUCUGCAUUUAUUUACUCUUUCUGGUCUUAACGUCCACUCAAAGCUCUUUAAAGUCAGUUCACAAGUCAUUCACACAGACGUUAUUAUCAUAGACUGCAACCCUAACAUGCAGCCUGGAGACGCUCGGGAUCGAACCGUUGACGUUCUGAUUAGUGGGAGACCCCCCAGCCGCCCAUGAGCUCUGGGUAGAGGCCAGAAGAAAAGGAUCACAGGUACACGUGAAGUUUCCUUCACCAGGUGUUCCAGUAAAGAUCCAAACUGUGGGUAAAACAAAGAGAAAUCAUGGCACCGCUGCUAAAAGGGCUCGUUUGUACAUUGAGCUUUGAUUCAUUCAUCGGACUUCACGAUCAUUUACUGACUCAUUCUUUUAUAAGUUGAAGUGGGUGGGACGCCGAUAUCUCCUCACAUUCCAUUAGACUGACGUCAUGUGUUGGGGUGAGGUGACGUCUCUUAGUUAGCGAUGGCACUAGAUGGCCACCACGGCUCUGACAUCUGGUGGUUCGAGUCCCAACCACUGAAUCCCUCUACAAACGGUUGUGGGUAGAGUCUCCUGGUUCAUGCACAGACACUGUGUUGCAGCUUUGCAUGACCUGACCGGUGGUGACACGCGUGUGCACAGAUCGACGUGUUGUGUGUUCUCAACAACCUAUUUGAAUUUGAAUGUUGUUUUUUGUCUUUAUUUAAAAUGAUGUGUUUGUCAGUGCCAGGCAUGCUUCGCUUUUCUAUGUUUGAAAAUGAUGCUUGAGUUUCUGAAACUCGUGUAAUAAAUGUUGUGAUACGAUCACACAAACAGCA